AUCCUAAUAUUUGAGAUUUGAGGAGUUGCAGACGAAUGAUUUCAUCAGAAUUAGGGUGAAACAUGGAGUCCAACGGGCUGGACGACAAGGAUGUGGGGCCGGAGGUGCAGAUCAGCUUCCCCGAGUCCGUGACGAGCCGCAUCGAGGAGCUCAUGGGCGGCACGGAGCAGUUCGAUAGCGAAGAGUUUGACGCAGUCUCCUACAUCAACCGAGUGUUUCCGACGGAGCAGUCUCUAGCAGGAGUAGACAGCGCAGCGGCUCGCUGUGAGAUGCGACUGGCCGGGGUGGAGGCGGACAUCAGGCGUCUUGUGAGAGACCAGGCCCAGCAGCGGCAAGAUGGGCAUGAGGCGCUGCUGCAGGCUCAGCAAUGUAUUGCUGACUUAGCUUUACAGGUGACAGACAUAAACAAGAAAGCAGGUCGCAGCGAGAGCAUGGUGCGUGAGAUAACCGCCGAGAUCAAGCAGCUGGACCGCGCCAAGAGCAACCUGACCGCCGCCAUCACCGCCCUCAAUCAUUAUCACAUGUUGUGUGGGGCUGCCACCUCGCUCCGCGCUAUGGCCUCGCAGAGGCAGUACAGCGCUUUACUGCCACCUUUGCAAGCUGUCAUGCAGGUGCUGGCUCACUUCGAGCGGUACCGCGACAUCCGCACGCUGAGCGCGCUGCGCGAUGACGUCACCGCGCUGCGGCGCGCGCUCGCCGCGCAGAUCCUAGCAGACUUCAAGGAAGCCUUCACAGCUGGUAAAGCGAGCACGGUGUCCGCUAAAACCCUGAGCGAAGCGUGCGGCGUGGUGGAUGCACUAGAGCCCAAAGUCAAGCGUGACCUGCUGACAUGGUUCACUACCAUGCAGUUGCAGGAGUACGAGCACCUGUUCUCCUCGGAGCAGGAGUGCGCGUGGCUCGCGCACGUGGAGCGGCGCUACGCGUGGCUGAAGCGCCACCUGCUGGCUUUCGAGGACGGCGCCGGGAACGUGUUCCCGAGGCCGUGGAGGCUCAGCGAGCGGAUCGCCACGCACUUUUGUGAGGUGACAAAAACCCAGCUGACGGCGUUGCUCGCCGCGCGGCGGAGCGAGCUGGACGUGAAGCUGCUGCUGUACGCCAUACAGAAGACGUACGCCUUCGAGCUGUUGCUGCACAAGCGGUUCCAGGAUGACGGCGCGGACAAUGACUUGCAGGUGGCGAGGAGCCAGCUGACGGCGUUGCUCGCCGCGCGGCGGAGCGAGCUGGACGUGAAGCUGCUGCUGUACGCCAUACAGAAGACAGGCGCGGACAAUGACUUGCAGGUGGCGAGGAGCCAGCUGACGGCGUUGCUCGCCGCGCGGCGGAGCGAGCUGGACGUGAAGCUGCUGCUGUACGCCAUACAGAAGACGUACGCCUUCGAGCUGUUGCUGCACAAGCGGUUCCAGGAUGACGGCGCGGACAAUGACUUGCAGGUGGCGAGGAGCCAGCUGACGGCGUUGCUCGCCGCGCGGCGGAGCGAGCUGGACGUGAAGCUGCUGCUGUACGCCAUACAGAAGACGUACGCCUUCGAGCUGUUGCUGCACAAGCGGUUCCAGGAUGACGGCGCGGACAAUGACUUGCAGGUGGCGAGGAGCCAGCUGACGGCGUUGCUCGCCGCGCGGCGGAGCGAGCUGGACGUGAAGCUGCUGCUGUACGCCAUACAGAAGACGUACGCCUUCGAGCUGUUGCUGCACAAGCGGUUCCAGGAUGACGGCGCGGACAAUGACUUGCAGGUGGCGAGGAGCCAGCUGACGGCGUUGCUCGCCGCGCGGCGGAGCGAGCUGGACGUGAAGCUGCUGCUGUACGCCAUACAGAAGACGUACGCCUUCGAGCUGUUGCUGCACAAGCGGUUCCAGGAUGACGGCGCGGACAAUGACUUGCAGGUGGCGAGGAGCCAGCUGACGGCGUUGCUCGCCGCGCGGCGGAGCGAGCUGGACGUGAAGCUGCUGCUGUACGCCAUACAGAAGACGUACGCCUUCGAGCUGUUGCUGCACAAGCGGUUCCAGGAUGACGGGGCGGCGCUGCCCGACGGCGCGGAGCUCAACGUGGACCCUCAGGCCGUGUUUGACGCAGACGCCAAAGACCCCGAGGCGGCGGGCGGCGCCGCGCGGCCGGGCGGGCCGUGGGUCGGCAUCAUCGGCGCCUGCUUCGAGCCCUACCUGUCCAUCUACAUCAGCAGCCUCGACUCCAACCUCGCCUCGCUCAUGGACAGGUUCAUACAGGACGCGAAGGCGCCGGCGGCGGGUGUGGCGGGGGUGGGGACGGCAGGGGAGGCCGGGGCCGUGCUGUCGUCGUGCGCGGACCUGUUCCUGUUCUACAAGAAGUGCCUGGUGCAGUGCGCGCACCUCACCACCGGGGAGCCCAUGUUGGAGCUGGCGGGCGUGUUCGCGAAGUACCUGCGCGCGUACGCCGGCGCCGUGCUCCGCGCUGCGCUGCCGCGCGCCCCCGCCCCCGCCACCCCCGCCGCCGCGCUCGUCGCCAACCUGCACACGCUGGCCACCAACCAGCCCGCCAAUGCUCAGAGGUACAGCGCGGCGGAGAUAUCUCGCGUGACGUCCGUCAUCACCACGGCGGAGUACUGCUUAGAAACUACCGUCCAUCUUCAGCAGAAACUGAAGGAGAAGGUGGUCCCGCGCCUCGCCGAGCGGAUCGACCUGACGCCCGAGCAGGAGCUGUUCCACGCGCUCAUCGGGGACUGCAUCGCCGCGCUGGUGGCCGAGCUGGAAGCAGCCUGCGAACCCGCGCUGCAGGCCAUGGUGCGCGCCCCGUGGCUGCACGUGCAGACGGUCGGAGACCAGAGCACGUACGUGACGCAGGUCAUCAUGCACCUCAAGCACACCGUGCCCACGCUCAGGGACAACCUGGCCAGCUCCAGGAAGUACUUCACGCAGUUCUGUAUAAGGUUCGCGAACUCGUUCAUACCCAAGUUCAUCCAGAACAUAUACAAGUGCAAGCCGAUCUCGACGGCGGGCGCCGAGCAGCUGCUGCUGGACACGCACAUGCUCAAGACGGCCUUGCUGGACCUGCCCUCCAUAGGGUCUGAAGUGAAGCGCCCAGCGCCGGCGACGUACACCAAGGUGGUGAUCAAGCUGAUGACGCGCGCGGAGAUGAUCCUCAAGCUGGUGAUGGCGCCGCUGGAGGGGGCGGGGGCGGGGGCGGGGGCGGGGGCGGGAGGGGGGGAGGCCUUCGUGGCGCAGUUCGUGCAGCUGCUGCAAGACGCCACGCUGCAGGACUUCCACAAGGUCCUGGAUAUGAAGGGCGCUCGACUGGGCAAGGCGCAGCUCAGCGCGCUGGACGCUCUGUUCAAGCAAGCGGCGAGGAACGAGGGCAAUUAG